UUCGGCCAUCUGCACACAAAGAGUCACACAGUACCGGGCCAUGGGGACAGUUGAUGAAGGACACAACUAGCGGCCGUCCCGACGGCAUCGUUCACUGCUUAGCGACGAGUUGUCCCUGACCAUCGACGCGGAUUAGCCUACUGAUACAAGAGCAAGAUAGGGAUUAGGGCGACGAUUCUAUAGAGAGAAAACAGAUUCCGUAUGCUAUUGAUAGCUGACCGGUGUCCAUGUGUGUGGCGAGUCGUACUGUUGGAGAUACUCUUUUUUUAAACGUCUUUACUACUUUAGUGUUCGCUGUCACUCUCACCGCAGCAAGUCAGCCGAUCUAACUAACUUCAAGAUCCGCCCGUGAGUCAGCGUGCGAACUCUCCUCCAUCGCAACGGGACCAAGCCAGCUUUGCUCACGCAUCCGAACAGCGUCGCAACAGGCCAUUCGCGAUAGCGACUGAUCGGAGCUGAACAAGUCGACCUGCCAGGGCGGCGCAUGUUUUCGGAAGCGGAGGAGCAAUUCAAAACCCGAAGAGAAGUGCUGUGUGACUGAACGGUACAACCUGGUAGGGACACUGCGAUUUCGUUCAAGUAACGGGAACAGUCAGUAUCUUACGACAACACUGCUACAGUGCUUGUACUACGACGCUUCUGAACUACCACCUAGAACAGGACGAUCCAGCUAUAACUACAUUGUCCUAGUACUAGUAGUAGCAGCAAUCCGCCUCCGACGAUUUCAGCUCGUCAAGCUGCACGUGCGUCGCUCCUGGUGGCAAUUUAGGCCAUAACUUUAUAAGAAUGGCGUUGAAGCAAUGAGCAACGUCGUUGGCGAGGUGUGUGAAGCGGGACGGACACCAAGUCUAGAGCGCGCGUCCAGUGGCAAACGUACUGACUUCGCAGCGUGUGGCAAGUGAGAGAGAGAGAGUGAGGACAGUGGCGAGCAGAAGUGAUUUGCAGCGGCUCUUGAGACAACCUUGUGUUGCAUCGCGGGUAGCAGGAAGCCUGGCGAUUGCACUCUUCACUUCUCACUCUAACACAUUCUCGCACUGGACCAUCGACUGUUCGUGCAUCGUCUUCGCUGACCAGUUCUCACAGCUGUUGUUGAGUGCGGGAAGUCCAUAGGCUAAUGGGCAUAGGAAAGCGCACGGUCAAGAAGAUUGGAGCUUGCUGCUUGAUCUGAGUGGUGGACUUUGUGCAUGUGAUCACGCUCUCAAGACAGGUCCCGUACACACAGCCACUCAGUGCCACCCCGGUUCCGUGGGACUGUGCGGAAGUGAAGGCGAGAGCGCGGGAGACGCAAGUGACAGCGGGCAUUGUGGCAGUGUGGAAAGAGCAGACGACACCACAAAUCUUCGGAGGCUUUCUGCGCCCGUGAGAUACAACUGCAGAAAAAUCACAAUGUCAACUCCUCGCCUUGAUCCCGAGCUAGCGGGCUCAACAUGGCGAGAACUGCCCACCGACUCACUAGAUUUCUGCCAUCGCCUAGCGGACGUUGCCGCCCUGCAGUACUCGAGACAUUUGCAGCAGUUCGCAAGCGAAACUGGCAGCGGAACACGGCGCAGGGACAGUGUUGGUGGCAGUGGUGAGCGACGUUCGUCUUCUCCCUCGGAGUUUGCUGCGCUGUGCGAGGUCUUCUGUACUGCCCUGCACAGGAGUUUGGUGAACGAGGCUACGGACCGUGGGGAAGCGUUGGUCCUGGAGGAGCGGAGGCACACCAUCAGCAUGAGUCGGCCAGCUACAGCCUGCGGUGACGUUGCCAACUCCACUGUGGCACCCAAAUCAUCUACACUGCAGCUGGACAGUCGACGGAUAAGUCGGAGCACGUCGCCUCCCGCCGAGCGACGGGCGAGCAGUGGCGGCGGAGACGGAAAGAUACGACGGUCAAUCUCCAAGCGCAUGCCGUCGUUUCUGCGCAGCACAAAACGAAGCAACAGCACUAGUAGCAAUGGCGAGGGCAGCAGCAGAAAGCAAAAACCGUUGAAGAAAGAAGGAGUGCUCCACCAGCUUGUUGAUGUGGAGGGUGGCGAAAUUCGCUGGGCCAAGUGCAGAGUUCUGGUCAAGAGGGAACGCAGCGGUCACGUCAUUAGUUUCUAUUCACCGCCGAAGUCCGCGAAGCCACGUAGCGGCGUGCUGUGCUUUCUCAUCAAUGAAGUGCGUCCAACCACCUCGCUGGAGCUGCCCGACUGCAAGCACAGCUUUGUCGUGAAGGGCAUCAAUGGCAUGGAGUACGUGCUCGACUGCAGCAGUCACGACGAGAUGAUCUCCUGGGUGGAGACGAUACGCACCUGCUCGCGCUUUGAUGCCGACAACAGGUCAAGAUGCAGCGUGAUUCCAGACCUUCCAGUUGAAGCGGACUAUGACGAGGCCGAGGGAGUAUCACCAACGGAGGCACAUGGACUGAGUCUCGCAUCCCUACGUCGUCACUCCAUAGCCUCGCCGGCUCGUCUCUCCCUGCACUCGGGUAGCGCCAGUGGCAGCAGCAGUUCUGCAUCGCGUAAGAGCAGCUGUAGCCACUCGGGUUCGUUAGGCGCUCGCGGCUCUGCAGCUCGCCUUUCGACAGCCAGCCUGCCUGCAAUACGCACGUCGUCGCAUCCGUCUGCUCGCGCACCCACGCUGCUCAGCCAGGUCUCUACAAAGUCACAGGGCCGGGAACAACACCUGCCAUGCCAGCCCUCUAUGGACUCUCUCCUCGACGACGGAGCCUUUCUGCAGUCGCCCGAAGAAGAAGGCCAGCAGCCGCGCUACGUCGAGGAAGACCACCAGCGGAGGCAGCACUCACGUUACAACUCAACGGGGCACCAGAUCGGCAUGGAAGUGCAGCCCUGGUUUCACGGUCCGCUUACACGCCAGCAGGCGGCAGUGCUCGUCUGUCACGGCGGCCCGAUGUCCCACGGUACGUUCCUGGUGCGGGAGAGCGAGUCGCGAGAAGGAACGAUGGUGCUGACGUUCAACUGCGACGGGAAGGCCAAGCACCUCAGGAUGAGUGUACAAGCGGACAAGACUGUCAAAGUGCAACAAUGGCUUUUCGAUAACAUCUUCCAUGCCAUCGACUACUUCAAGGUUCACCCUGUUCCACUGGAGAGCAGCACGGACAAGGAGGUGUGCCUUCUGAACUACGUGCUGGCUACGACCAGCCACCGGGAGUGCAGCAUUCUUGAGGAGGACGACCCGCAGCAACCGUACUGCAAUGGAAGGAGCGACACAGCUACUGCUGCUGCUAGCACUGACAACAAUAACGACGGUGUGCAAACGCAGCAAGUAGUCGCCUUGCCGCCAGAAGACGACUACUGUAGCAAGGGAACUCUCAACACCGCAUCCGGCACCCCGUCAACCUCAUCCCACGUCUCGACUACCCCUGUGAAGCCACCGACAUGUCUCAACUCCCUGAAGAAGGGCGACAUCCAGCAGCAUUCAGCUACGGAGAACACUGUGCAGCUUCCGCCGGAAAAGGACCAGAAGUCCUUCUCACCCGCCUCAUCAACGUCCGGAACGCUACGUGGUGCUCCCGAAGCAGGACGACCCAGAACCUACUUCAUCGACGGAACCGGGUUUCACGCCCGCAACAGCUACGUAGUCGCAAACUGAAACUGAACUACAACGACGAGUCUGGUCAAGAUAGCGGAACAUAUGCCAAGCAGUGCAGAGGUUCUAGCAAUAGGACGCACUGUGCAGCAGCUUGUCAGUACGAAUUUAUGAAUUUAUUGUUUCAUUUGUCAAAAUGUAGUUCUCUGGCAUUGGGCCCUAAAAAAUUGCCUUGAGCAGCAAACACCUUUCCUAUAGACUAUUUUUUAUAACUACAAUCGACUAAGCGCUGACUUUUAACUAAUGUUCUUGCUGUGUUGUUUAAAAGGCACUUGUGAAUUAGUUCUUUUAAAAGUAAAUUGUUGCAACUACGUCACAGUGCAUGAUGUAAUAAUUAUUUUGUUUUACUGUUGUAGAGAAUUUUUGAGGUAUCCUCUACGUUGUGCACCUGUGCAUUUGAGAGAAAAUUAUUAUUAGUAAGCCAAAAUAUCUACUACUAACCAUGC